AUGUAGCUUAUACCUAAAAUAACUAAAGUUCAAUCAAUCGGCACGCUAAGAACAUUGUGGGAAGUUUUCCGGAAAAUUAGUUAGUUUCGGGGUUGCCACUGAUCGAGGCUCUAGUCAAAAAAUGUUUGUUCACGGAAUCAAGCCAGGGUCUAGCGAUGAAGAAGAAGAGGAAGAUGUUAUGGAUAUUUUACAGAAAAGACGAGAAGAAUGCGAGCGCAAAGCAAGAAGGGGGGAGAUGGACCCCCGUCUGGAGUUCACCUUCCAACUUUUGAUAGACGGCACCGGAUUACCAAGACACGCCAUCAUGGACCACGUGUUCGAAGGAAACAUGCUGGAUGACAUCAAUCAGUUGUUUCUUCCGCACAUGAGGAAUAAGCUUCUGUGGUAUUACCAAGAUGUGGAAGAAAUUGAACAACGACCAGUGCCGGAGAACACUAAGUCACGCCAACAAGGGAAACAGCCUCCGCCUCAAGUAACUUGGAAAAGGAAAUUAUUCCUGUCCGACGGUUGGGAUGUAAAGUUUACUGGAGUGUGCAUUUAUAUGUUCCGUAUUAAUGUCAGCAAACAGUUACCUGAGGAGGGCUUUCAUAAAGAUUUAUUUUGCGGAAUUCUUAAUGCUGAAAAAGUGGGAAUGGUAACAGCUAUAGAACGUGUAAUGGAGCACGUGUACAUGAGUGCAUUAGCUCAUCCUAGUAGUGAUGGUGACGAGGACGAAACAAGAUUUCCCAUCGUUAAAAAUCAACUACUGCCGGGACUAAGAUCUUUUUGUAGCGCCCUCAAAGUGUGUGAAGACGUGUGCAAUCAAGUGAAUCUUUUUGAAGACGGUCUAGCGCUCAUGGCACCUAUCCAAGACCAUACACAGUUGAAGGACAUGGCGAAAAAUCCAAACACCAUUACUAUGUUGGAGGAACGCGUUACUGAAUGGAUAAAAAAAGUCAUGGAGAUAUUGAGUGAAAGUGAGCAACUGCGCAGAGAAGUUGAUUCGAGCGGACCGCAAGACGAAUUGGAAUAUUGGAAGAAGAGAGGGGCGCAGUUCUCUCAGCUUGUAUCAUAUUUGCAGGAAAACGAAGUACAAUUGACCCUUUCAUGCCUGCAACUUGCCAAUUCCAAAGUGAUCAAACAGUGGCGAGAUACUGAUCACAAAAUAACUUUCUGUUAUAACGAGGCCAAAGACAAUGCUAAGUUCGUUCAAGCCAUGGAAAAGUGCUGUCACUCCCUGUAUUUGGACGAUCCCGUCAAAAUUAAGGACUCCAUACUGAGUUUACUGCAGACCGUGAGAUUGAUACACAGCGUGUCUCAGUUCUACAACACGUCCGAGAGAAUAUCUUCCUUAAUGGUGAAAAUUACAAAUCAGAUGAUCGAAACCUGCAAACAAUACAUAACGUGCCGGUUCAAGGACACGAUAUGGUCGCAAGAGCGUUCCCUUGUACGGGAUAAGCUAAUACACUGUAUCAAUUUGAACAGAACCUACCGAGAAACAUAUAUCUUUGUUAAGAAUCAACCUUUCUUGCCUAAUACCGAGCAGUUCAGCUUCUCGGAGAAUUACGUGUUCGGAAAAUUCGACACGUUCUGUAAGCGUCUCAAUAAAAUUAUCGCAAUGUUCGAUCUAACGGACGACUAUAAUUAUCUGUUUGAGAAGAGAAUGGAGGGAUUGUUGCUGGGUGAAGACCUUGAAGAAGCCGUACAUACUUUCGAAGAAGCAAAGAAAGCUGUUACCACAUGCCAAUAUGAUUACCUUGAUUACCGCAAUAAUGAGUUUGACAAAGACUAUCACGCAUUUGAAGAUAAGAUAAACGCUUUAAAAGAAUCUAUUGGAUGUACUAUUGAGGAGAAUUUUUCUAGCGUUUGGGAAACACCGCAAGGGAUAAAAUUCUUAACUAGAUUCGAAAAGGUGAGCCAAAAGAUUCAAAUAACGAAACUUAGUGAGAAGUACGAUCGUGUUUUAAAAUACAGCGAAAAGGAAGUUGACAAAAUUAUGAAAAUGUUCAAGAGACAGAAGGACGACCCGCCUCUACCAAGGAACUAUUCUCCUGUGGCUGGGCGUAUCAAAUGGUCUAGAUGCCUAAUGCAAAACAUGACCGAGAUUGUGGAAAGCGUCUGUGCUCAUCCUGUCUUAAGAGGAUUACCCGCAUCCGCCGAUAUGAUGCGGAAGUAUACUAACACUCGAACGUUAAUGAACAACUAUGAAGAUAUGAUGAAAGCUGUUUGGAUGAACCAGAAUCUAUGGGACGUAGACGAGAGUCUGAACAACUCCUUGUUGAAGAUUGAUGAAACCGGAUGUGUGGCCGUGAACUUGGACAAAAAUAUCAAAUUGUUGAUCCGCGAAUCGGAUUGCCUCGUGAAAAUGGGCGUUCCGCUACCAAUCGUCUGUCACUCUUUGUACGCUAAAAAAUAUUAUUUUACCCUCGUCAACGACUCCUUGCAGUUUCUGCUUGAAGAUUAUUUACGUACGGUCCGCCGUGUAAAACUAGAGGUUCGUCCUCUAUUUCUGCCUCAAGUCGUACGCCUGUCCUCUCUUCUACUGCCCGGACUACGCAGCGUGUGCUGGACCAGCGAGGGCUGGAAAGAGUUCAUCGACCGCGCCAACGCAGCCAUCAAGAGCUUCGAUGUUCUAGUGACGAGAGUACACGAUAUUUACACUAACAGAAUUAUUUACAUGUUGUCCGGCAUGCAAGAGGUUACCCUGAUUACAUUGCCGGAAGAAACACCAUGGUCCGUUCAAGAAUUCGUAGAGAAGGUCGAGUCUGGCUGUCGUAACGCUUGCGUUGAGCUAAAUCGUAAGAGUCUGAUGGUUGAAGAGGCUGUGGAAGAAGUAUUGGAUCUCGUAAAGAAGGCAGCCCAACAGAUAAGACCGACAGAGAUCAAUCCAGAUUUUGAAUUUCUCAUAGCUGAAGACGAUCCCCAGAGCAGCGGCGCGGCGUCGUCCACGAAUGAGUCUACGUCUAGUGGACAACAAGACUGGUCCGCUGUUUGGGAGUGCUUCGAAAGUCCUCAUCGUCUACUGUCGACACCGGCCGGAGGUCUUUCCAAAAGCAUGCAGGAAAUGGUGAAGAAUGCAGUGAAUGAAAUGCGUCGUUACUACAGUCGCAAGGUGGUCGACGUGCUCAUCAGGGUCAAGAGGAGAACUCUCGACGUCAUCAUCAAGCAGUUCUCCUCCGACGCGCUUGCAACGGACGACGGUGCUCAGAAGAAACCAAUUUUUCUUCUCCACACCGCUUUGAUGAUACCGAAUGUUUCGGUUGCUCCGACGUUAGACGAAAUACAAGAAGUAUUAGUUUUAGCAGGAAAACACAUUUCCGGCCUGUCUAAAGGAGUCGCUCAAUGGAGUGGAGGGAAAACAUCAAGGGUGAGCUGGAAGAAAAUAGCCGGUCCUCAUUCGAACCAGCUGAUAGACGUUGUCACGAAGCUUGACGAACAGGUCCAAUCCGGAACUCCCAUGAACAUGAACAAGCCAAUGAAGCUGAUCGAUUCGACGAAGGCCAGGAGAAAAAAGCACUACCGCCUUGAAUCCGAGGAGAAGCCAGUGUUUCCGUUCCAACAGAAGAAUUUUUACAGUCACGUGAUGGAAAACAAAGAGAUAAUCAAAACACUAUCGUUGCUGUCAAUGUGCACGCAGAAUAUUAAGACGGAAUUGAAUACAUUAGUUAAGCGAUGGCGUCCCUACCAUUAUUUGUGGAAAUGUGAGAAGACACUACGGCAGCUGCUAGCUUGGAACUUAAAUGAUUUCGAAUUAGCACUGAAAAGGCACAGCGAAUUAGAAUCAAAAUUAGCAACAGAGCCUGACCUGCUUAUUAUUGGUAAUUGUCUUGCCGUUUCUACAGAAAAACUGAAAUUGGGAUUAAACACGGAGCUUAAAAAUGGAACCCAUAGAAUUAGCCAGGCGAUGCGUAAAAAAUACAAACGGGAGAUGGACUAUGUCUAUGCUAUUAUGAACGAUUUGGAACGGAAAUUGGAACGCCCUAUCCGUGAUCUCGAUGACGUCAGAACCGUCAUGGAAACUCUCAAAAAAAUACGAGAGCAAGAAGUUGAUAUGGAAUUAAAAAUUGACCCCGUUGAGGAAGCGUUUAACGUUAUAACUCGUUACGAGCUGCCAGUUAGUAAAGAAGAUUUGGAGCAAGUUGAUAAUCUUCGAUACACUUGGCAACAGCUGCAGGCGACGGCACUCGCUUCUCAUGUGCAGCUGUUGAAGAUGCAACCGCAGUUUGAAGAGGAUUUGAAAAACAAUUUGGACAAAUUUAGGGAUGACAACGCCGAAUACUGUCACGAGUAUAGACACGCUGGACCGAUGCAGCCAGGGUUGACCCCACGAGAAGCAUCCGAUAGAUUGAUACUUUUUCAAAAUCGGUUCGACGGAAUGUGGCGAAAGCUUCAGACCUACCAGAACGGUGAAGAGCUUUUUGGUCUUCCCCAUACAGAAUACCCUGAAUUAGCCCAAAUAAGAAAGGAACUGAACUUACUCCAGAAGCUGUAUAAGCUUUACAACGACGUUAUUGACAGGGUCAGUAGUUACUACGACAUACCCUGGGGAGAAGUUAAUAUUGAAGAGAUCAACAAUGAACUGAUGGAGUUUCAGAACAGAUGCCGAAAGUUGCCGAAAGGUCUCAAAGAGUGGCCGGCAUUCUUUGCCCUUAAGAAGACCAUCGACGAUUUCAACGAUAUGUGUCCUCUCCUUGAGCUGAUGGCCAACAAAGCUAUGAAGCCUCGCCAUUGGCAGAGGAUCAUGGAGGUCACGAAAUACGUUUUUGAGUUAGACAACGAGGACUUCUGCUUGAAAAAUAUACUAGAAGCACCCCUGCUGCAGAACAAGGAGGAUAUCGAGGACAUUUGUAUUUCAGCCAUGAAGGAGAAGGACAUAGAGGCAAAGCUACGUCAAGUGACAAACGAAUGGUCUGUUCACGAACUUACGUUUCAAACGUUUAACAACCGCGGCGAACUUCUUCUACGAGGCGACACUACUGCCGAAACUAUCGGUCAGCUCGAAGAUAGCCUCAUGAUCCUUGGCUCUUUGCUAUCAAACAGAUACAAUGCUCCGUUCAGGAAGCAAAUCCAACAAUGGCUUUACGAUUUGCAAAGCACGAACGAAAUCUUAGAGCGGUGGCUUCUCGUGCAGAACAUGUGGGUUUACUUGGAAGCAGUGUUCGUGGGGGGUGACAUUGCAAAGCAAUUGCCUAAGGAAGCUAAGCGAUUUUCGAAAAUAGAUAAAUCGUGGCAGAAAAUUAUGCAGCGAGCUCACGAAACUCCCGGUGUGGUCUCGUGCUGUGUUGGCGAUGACCUGCUUCGGCAAUUGCUGCCACAUCUACAAGAGCAGCUCGAGUUGUGUCAAAAGAGUCUCAGCGGGUACUUGGAAAGGAAACGUACUAUGUUUCCGAGGUUUUUCUUCGUAUCAGAUCCUGCUUUACUCGAAAUAUUAGGACAAGCGUCAGACUCUCACACUAUACAGAAUCAUCUGUUGUCAAUAUUUGAUAACAUUCGAUAUGUAAAAUUUCACGAUAUCGAGUACAACAAAAUGAUAGCUAUAAUAUCAUCGGAGGGUGAAGAGAUAAAGUUGGAGCGUCCCGUGAGGGCUGAAGGCUCGGUGGAGACGUGGCUGACCUCGCUACUUCAAUCCGCUCAGAGUAGCCUACACUCGAUCAUUCGCAAUGCCGUAUCGCUCAUCAAUGACCCGGCUUUCAACCUACUAUUAUUUUUAGACAAAAUGCCUGCCCAAAUCGGGCUUUUAGGGAUCCAAAUAAUAUGGACAAGAGACGCGGAGGCCGCCCUCAUGCAGGCCCGUCAAGACAAGAAGAUCAUGUCUGAUACCAAUAACAAAUUCCUGGAACUUCUUAACACCCUCAUAGAUCAGACGACGAGAGAUCUGCUCAAGAUCGAAAGGAUCAAAUUUGAAACAUUGAUCACCAUUCACGUGCAUCAGCGAGAUAUCUUUGAUAUGCUGUGCCGUCUUAAUGUUCGUUCUGCAAACGACUUCGAAUGGCUGAAGCAAUGCCGGUUCUACUUCAAAGAGGACACGGACAAGACCUGGAUAUCGGUGACAGACGUCACGUUCACUUACCAGAACGAAUAUCUGGGAUGUACCGAGAGGCUUGUUAUUACUCCCUUAACUGACAGAUGUUACAUUACAUUAGCCCAAGCCCUCGCCAUGAGCAUGGGCGGGGCUCCAUGCGGCCCUGCGGGGACCGGCAAAACGGAAACGGUCAAAGACAUGGGGAAAACUCUGGCCAAAUACGUCGUCGUCUUCAACUGUUCGGAUCAAAUGGAUUACAGAGGCCUCGGUCGGAUAUAUAAAGGUUUGGCGCAAUCCGGUUCCUGGGGAUGUUUUGAUGAAUUCAAUCGCAUCGAAUUGCCGGUACUAUCAGUGGCCGCACAACAGGUAGCCGUGGUGCUCGCAGCUAAAAAGGAAAAAAAGAAAUCCUUCAUAUUUACUGAUGGCGACACGUCAGACAUGUGUCCCGAAUUCGGGAUAUUCAUAACUAUGAACCCAGGGUACGCCGGUCGCAAAGAGCUCCCAGAAAACCUCAAGAUCCAAUUUCGCACUGUAGCCAUGAUGGUCCCCGACAGACAAAUUAUCAUUAGAGUAAAAUUAGCCUCUUGUGGCUUCUUAGAGAAUAUUACUCUGGCCAGAAAGUUUUACACGCUAUACAAAUUGUGUGAGGAACAAUUAACAAAACAAGUCCAUUACGAUUUCGGCCUCCGGAACAUCCUAUCGGUUCUACGUACUUUAGGCGCAGUCAAACGAGUAAACUCGAAGGAUAAUGAAAGUACAAUUGUCAUGAGAGUGCUCAGAGACAUGAAUCUGUCCAAGUUGAUAGAUGAAGAUGAGCCCCUGUUCAUAUCUUUAGUGGCCGACCUUUUCCCGAAUCAGAUGUUAGAGAAGACUACUUAUAUAGAAUUAGAAGAAGCAAUAAAGAAACAGGUGGAUUUGUCUGGUUUGAUAAACCAUCCACCAUGGAUUUUGAAAAUAAUACAGUUAUACGAGACACAGCGUGUACGUCAUGGAAUAAUGACAUUGGGUCCACCCGGAGCCGGGAAAACUACGUGUAUCCACACUCUCAUGAGCGCACUAUCAGAAAUCGAAAAUCCACACAGAGAGAUGCGGAUGAACCCAAAAGCAAUUACGGCAGCGCAAAUGUUUGGUCGCCUCGACGUUGCAACCAAUGAUUGGACCGAUGGAAUAUUUUCCGCCCUAUGGAGGAAAACCCUCAAAAUUAAAACUGGAGAGAAUAUCUGGUUGGUAUUGGAUGGCCCUGUGGACAGCAUUUGGAUAGAAAAUUUGAACUCUGUGCUAGAUGAUAAUAAAACUUUGACAUUGGCCAACGGAGAUCGUCUCACAAUGUCCCCUACUUCGAAAGUAUUAUUUGAACCUGAAAACAUAGACAACGCUUCACCAGCCACUGUAUCUAGAAAUGGAAUGGUGUACAUGAGCUCAUCCGGACUGGAUUGGGAUCCAGUUUUCCGCGCCUGGUUGAUGACACGUUCGACUAGAGAAGCAGAAGUUUUCUGUUCUCUUUUCGAACAAACUUUCCCUAUAGUGUAUACUUGGUGCACUCAGAAUCUAAAUUUCAGUAUGCGAGUAUUGCAGAGCAAUAUUAUUUUACAAAUGCUUAAUCUUCUCGAAGGUCUAGUGCCGCCACAAAUUGUUGAAACAGAGGAACCUUCGGCUAGCAAAUCUGUAAACGGAGACAUGGAGGACGAUGAAGAAAAAGAAAAGGCCGAAGAAAUUGUUUUGUUCACGCCUGAACAUUUACAUAAAAUUUAUGUUUUCGUUUUAAUUUGGGGUUUUGGAUCCCUUUUCGAAACGAACGACAGAAUCAAAUUUGACGGAUACUUGAAAAGUAACUUCCGUGAAAUACUCGAACUUCCAAAACAUCCGAAAAAUAAACCUUUUGUGGUUUUCGAUUUUUACGUCAAACAACCUGGAAAAUGGGAACUUUGGGAUGAUUUAGUGAUGAAUUACCAAUACCCGGAUACUGCAACACCAGAUUAUUCAACGAUUCUCGUUCCUAUAGUUGAUAACGUUCGAAUUAAUUAUCUCAUUCACUGUAUAGCCAAACAGGGAAAAGCAGUUCUAUUAUUGGGCGAACAAGGAUCUGCAAAAACGGUUAUGAUGAAAGCGUAUAUGAAAAACGCGAACCCGGAACAGUUUAUGGGUCGGUCCUUCAAUUUCUCUUCAGCUACGAGUCCGUACCAAUUCCAAAAAACAAUUGAAAGCUAUGUAGAAAAACGUAGUGGAAUGACAUUCGGUCCCCCGGGUGGAAAAAAAAUGUUGGUAUUUAUUGAUGACAUAAAUUUACCGCAAAUUAAUGAAUGGGGCGAUCAAAUUACCAAUGAAAUAGUUAGACAAACUAUGAGCAUGGGAGGAUUCUAUAGUUUGGAGAAACCAGGCGAUUUUACUACUAUAGUAGAUAUUCAAUUCUUAGGAGCUAUGGGACAACCGGGUGGCGGUAGAAACGAUAUACCAUCGAGGUUAAAACGACAAUUUGCCAUAUUUAACUGCCCUUUGCCAAAUAACGAGUCAAUAGAUAAGAUUUUCAAGGUGAUUGGUGAAGGUCACUACAACGCCAAGCGUGGUUUUGCGAUGGAAGUUCGGUCUUUGAUUAAGAAAAUUAUUCCACUAACAAGAGAACUUUGGAUGCGGACAAGACAAAAUUUAUUACCUACGCCAGCGAAAUUUCACUAUGUAUUUUCUUUGAGAGACUUAUCGAGAGUGUGGCAAGGUAUGGUGGGUACGUUGCCGACAGUUAUCGAAUCUGAAAAAUGUCUCAUGUUACUGUGGAAACACGAAUGCUCCCGAGUUUUCUCGGACAGAUUUACGCAUCAGUCAGACAAAGAUUGGUUCAAUAAGGCCUUGUACGGAGUUGCUGAAGAGAUUCUGGGUAUGGAAUACCGAAAAAUGAUGGAACGAGAACCCGUUUUUGUUGAUUUUAUGAGAGAUGCUCCAGAGCCAACCGGGGAAGAAGGUGAAGAUGCAGAUAUGGAACUUCCGAAGGUUUACGAACCUGUUUUUGAUUACAAUGAACUAAGAGAACGACUUGAAAUGUUCUUGUCGCAAUUUAAUGAAAUGGUGCGAGGGUCUGGUAUGGACUUGGUAUUUUUUCCAGACGCUAUGUUUCAUCUAGUCAAAAUAUCUAGAGUUAUAAGGCAUCCCAGAGGAAACGUUAUGCUCGUUGGAGUGGGAGGAUCUGGUAAACAAUCUUUGACUAAGUUAUCAACAUUCAUUGCUGGAUACAGAUCCUUUCAAAUUGCUUUAACCAGAUCCUAUAAUGUUGGCAACUUUUUGGAAGAUUUGAAACUACUCUACAGAUCAUGUGGUGUUCAAGGCAAAGGAACAACAUUUAUCUUCACAGACUUAGAUAUCAAAGAAGAAGGUUUUCUGGAAUAUUUAAAUAAUAUUCUUUCAUCUGGUGUUAUUUCUAAUUUAUUUACCAAAGAUGAGCAACAAGAAAUUAUAUCUGAACUUACUCCUAUAAUGAAGAGAGAAAAUCAGAAACGAUCACUCACCAACGAACUCGUUAUGGAGUACUUCCUGAAUAGAACCUGUCAGAAUCUUCAUGUUGUACUAUGCUUUUCGCCAGUGAGCGAAGCCUUCAGGUAUCGCGCUCUGCGUUUUCCUGCAUUAAUAUCUGGAUGCACGAUUGACUGGUUUCAACCUUGGCCGAAAGAUGCCCUUGUUUCUGUAGCUGACCAUUUUCUUGCUGAAUUCGAAAUAGAAUGCACCAAAGAAGUCAAAAAGGAACUCGUUACAGUCUUGGGUACUAUUCAAGAUGUCGUCUCAAAUGUGUCCGUAGAAUACUUCCAAAGAUUCCGCAGAUCAUCUCACGUCACUCCAAAAUCGUACUUGAGCUUCAUCGGUGGAUACAAAACGAUCUAUCAAAUGAAACAGAAAGAAUUAGGUGACGGUGCCUUACGAAUGGAUACAGGUUUAGAAAAAUUAAGGGAAGCAUCGAUUUCUGUGGAAGUUUUGAAAAAAGAUUUAGCCGUGAUGGAGCAAGAUUUGGCUUUGGCGUCUGAAAAAGCAGAUCGUGUUUUGACCGAAGUAACAGAAAGAGCUAUGCAAGCGGAAAUCGUUAAAAAUCAAGUACAGAUUGUUAAAGAAAAGGCUGAAGCUUUAGUGGCAUAUAUCGCUGAAGAAAAAGAAAAAGCCGAAUUAAAAUUAGAGGCAGCAAAACCAGCUCUAGAAGAAGCUGAAGCUGCAUUGAACACCAUUAAGCCAGCUCACAUAGCUACAGUCAGGAAACUUGGUCGACCGCCACAUUUGAUCAUGCGUAUCAUGGACUGCGUUUUAAUUUUAUUUCAAAGGCGAUUGCAUCCAGUUAUAUCUGACACUGCAGCACCUUGUCCGAAACCAUCCUGGGCUGAAUCUUUAAAGAUGAUGGCGAGUACGACAUUUUUGUUACAACUUCAAAACUAUCCCAAGGAUAUUAUAAAUAAUGAGAUGGUUGAACAUCUUGUACCAUAUUUCGAGAUGGAAGAUUACAAUAUGGAUACAGCGAAACGAGUUUGCGGUGAUGUUGCUGGCUUACUUUCUUGGACUAAAGCCAUGGCUUUCUUUCAUAGUGUUAAUAAAGAAGUAUUACCAUUAAAAGCAAACCUCAUGCUUCAAGAAGCAAGAUUGAAGGUAGCUAUGGAUGAUUUAGCAUCAGCAGAAAGACAAUUAGAAGAACGGGAGAUGUCCCUAAGGAAGGUGAAAGAACAAUAUGAAUCGGCCGUAUCGGAGAAGCAACAACUGACAGAUGCUGCUAACGUUUGUUUAAGAAAAAUGACGGCUGCUACGGCACUUAUAAAUGGUCUCGGCGGUGAGAAAAUUAGAUGGACACAGCAGAGCAAAGAUUUCAAAGAGCAAUUGGGAAGAUUAGUCGGAGAUGUAGUUCUUGCAACGGGAUUCUUAUCUUACUGUGGACCAUAUAACCAGGAAUUCAGGAAUAGUCUUCUUAACACAUGGAUGGGAAUACUGAAAAGCAAACAAAUACCCGUCACGCAUGAUUUGAACAUUACAAAUAUGUUAGUGGAAAAUGCAACCAUAUCAGAAUGGACGCUACAAGGACUUCCUAACGAUGAUUUAUCGGUACAAAACGCUUUGAUUGUCACUAAAUCUAGUUCUUAUCCUUUACUAGUAGAUCCUCAAAGUCAAGGCAAAAAUUGGAUUAAAAACAAAGAAGGCUCAAAUGAAUUACAAAUCACAUCGUUGAAUCAUAAAUAUUUCAGGACUCAUUUGGAAGAUAGCCUAUCACUCGGCAGACCUCUGCUCAUAGAAGACGUUGGUGUGGAAUUAGACCCAGUCAUUGAUAAUGUUUUGGAAAAAAACUUUAUAAAGUCCGGUUCGAUAGAAAAAGUCAUUGUAGGUGACAAAGAAUGUGAUGUGAUGCCUGGAUUCAUGCUGUACAUUACAACAAAAUUACCUAAUCCAGCAUACUCACCUGAAAUAAGUGCUAAAACUUCAAUCAUCGACUUCACAGUUACAAUGCAAGGCUUGGAAGACCAACUACUAGGAAGAGUUAUUCUCAUGGAAAAAUCUGAUCUUGAAGAAGAAAGGGUGGCUCUAUUCGAAUCUGUUAUGAAGAACCAAAGAAGUAUGAAAGAGCUAGAAAGCAAUUUGCUUUGUCGUUUAACUUCUUCUGAAGGCUCCCUAGUCGAUGAUGAAGCUUUGAUUCAAGUAUUACAGAUAACCAAAACAACAGCCGAAGAAGUAAACGAAAAGUUGAAAGUCGCUGAAGUAACAGAAAAGAAAAUAAUUAAAGCCAGAGAAGAAUUUAGAGCAGUGGCCGCCCGUGGAUCCAUUCUUUACUUCUUAAUUGUAGAAAUGAGCAAUGUCAAUUUAAUGUACCAAAAUUCACUGAAACAAUUUCUUACUAUAUUCGACAAUUCUAUCACCAAAUCUACAAAGAGUAAUAUUACAGAGGAACGUAUCAAUAUUAUAUUGAAAUAUUUGACUCAUGAGGUUUGGGCAUUCACAUUACGUAGUUUAUAUGAGCGACACAAGGCUUUGUUCACAUUAAUGUUGGCAAUGAAGAUUGAUUACCAGCGUGAAUUGAUAUCGCACGACGAAUUUAUGGCAUUCAUCAAAGGCGGAGCGUCUUUAGAUUUGAACGCUGUUACUCCUAAGCCAUUCAGGUGGAUAUUGGAUAUAACGUGGCUGAAUUUGGUUGAAAUUAGUAAACUGAAGACAUUUUCGGACGUUCUCUCCAAGAUUUCGACAAAUGAGAAAGAAUGGAGAGUGUGGUACGAAAAAGCCAAGCCAGAGGAAGAAAUAAUUCCUAGUGGAUACAACGACAGCCUUGAUGUUUUCCGAAAACUCCUGCUCAUUAGAUCCUGGAGUCCAGAUCGAACUUUAUCGCAAGCUCGAAAAUACAUUGUGGAUUCUUUGGGUCCGGAAUAUGGAGAAGGACGGAUUUUAAACUUGGAGACAACAUGGGAAGAAUCAGAACCGAGGACGCCUUUGAUUUGUAUUCUUUCAAUCGGCUCUGACCCCUCCACUCAAAUUGCUUCACUAGCAAAAUCGAAAGAAAUAAUUUUAAAAGCAGUAUCGAUGGGUCAAGGUCAAGAAAUUGUUGCUAGAAAAAUGAUCUCGGAUUCUAUGAACGAAGGAGGAUGGGUUCUGCUACAAAACAUUCACUUAUCAUUGCCUUUCUGCGUCGAGGCCAUGGAUGCUCUGAUUGAAACCGAACACAUUCAAGAAUCAUUCAGAUUAUGGCUAACAACAGAAGUACAUACAGAAUUUCCAAUUGGUCUGCUACAGAUGGCCAUUAAAUUCACAAAUGAACCGCCUCAAGGGAUAAGAGCCAGUAUGAAAAGAACAUACCAGAAUAUAACUCAAGACACUUUAGACUACUCCUCCUUAUCGCAGUGGCCACCGCUUUUAUAUGCUGUAGCAUUUUUGCACACGAUAGUACAGGAAAGAAGAAAAUUUGGACCCUUAGGGUGGAACAUUCCUUACGAAUUCAACCAAGCAGACUACGCUGCAAGCGUUCAAUUUAUUCAGAACCAUUUAGAUGAAAUCGACCCUAAGAAAGGGAUAUCAUGGCCCACGAUAUGUUACAUGCUCGGUGAGGUGCAGUACGGCGGGAGAGUGACAGACGAUUUUGAUAAACGUUUACUUACGACCUUCACAAACGUAUGGUUUUGCGAUGUUCUACUACGACCAGGUUUUGAAUUCUACAAAGGCUACAAAGUCCCGCAAACAAGGAACUUACACGGAUACGUCGAUUAUAUAAAUCAAUUACCAUUGACGGACACUCCGGAAGUAUUCGGCUUACACGGCAACGCUGAUAUUACUUAUCAAAUCAAUAGCGCUAAAGAUAUUCUCGAUACAAUAUUGAACGUCCAACCAAAAGAAGGAGGCAGUCAGGGUGGUGAAACCAGGGAAAGUAUUGUGUACCGUUUGGCUGAAGACAUGCUUGAGAAAUUACCAAAACAGUAUGUGUCAUUCGAAGUGCGCGAAUCAUUACAAAAAAUGGGCGCGUUUCUUCCGAUGAAUAUUUUUUUGAGACAGGAGAUCGAUAGAAUUCAACGCGUCAUCAAGACUGUUCACUCGACACUCUGUGACUUGAAGCUAGCCAUAGACGGCACCAUAAUCAUGAGUCAAGGGUUACGUGAGUCCCUUGACGCGAUGUACGAUGCGAGGAUCCCUCAAAAUUGGUUAAAGGUUUCAUGGGAAUCUGCUACUCUUGGUUUCUGGUAUACGGAGCUGUUGGAACGGGAACAACAAUACCGCAUUUGGCUGAAGAAUGGACGACCAAACGCUUUCUGGAUGACCGGCUUCUUUAACCCUCAAGGCUUCCUCACCGCUAUGAGACAGGAAGUAACACGAAGCCACAAAGGUUGGGCUUUAGACUCUGUCGUGCUUCAGAACCACAUAACCAAAUUAAAUAAAGAAGAUGUGCAUGAAGGGCCAGCAGAAGGCGUCUACGUCUACGGUCUGUUUCUAGAAGGCGCCUCGCUGGACCGAAAAUCUGGGAAACUGAUCGAGUCUAAACCCAAAGUUCUAUACGAACAGAUGCCAGUAAUCUAUAUAUUCGCGAUCAACACGACGGCUGGAAAAGAUCCUAGACUCUACGAAUGUCCUAUAUACAGAAAACCGCAGAGAACUGACGCCAAAUAUGUCGGGUCCAUAGAUUUUGAAACCGAUAGUAAUCCGCGACACUGGACCCUCAGAGGAGUAGCGUUGCUGUGUGAUAUCAAAUAAAUUCACGAAUGUCACAAAACAAUCCUCAAUAAAAUGUUUGCUUACAUGGAAA